CCACUGCGCAACGAUGGAGCUAUCACAACGAUGGAGAUGACGCAAACCGACCCAGCUCUCCGAAAAAGUGUUUCAAGACGAACAUGGCGGCAACUUAACCGCGGUCCAAGAUGACAAUGGCCAACGGGAGAAAGGAUUCUAAGCGUUCCGCCCAGGUACCGGACAGAGUGCGUGCAUCGACAGGGCUCUCUGCUCUCCUUUAAGUCAAUCUGCAAACCGAACGGCGACACACGCGCAGCAUCAGUACCGAGAGGCUCGCAACAGCUGGUCUCGCUGUGUCCCCUAAAAGACAACACACCCGGGGAGGGACGGUAGGGAGAGGGGGGCAUGCGGUCAAAGAGGACGCCGUUUCCCCCCGGAGAGCCAUGGAGAACCGGGAUGCGGCAGCGCGAAGCUUAAUCUGUGCGAGCGCGCUAAUUGGAUCGGAAUAGCACCGAUUGCUGCGGGCGCGAUAGAGGAGCGCCCUGGACCGGCAGAGGCACGGUACCCCACCGCUACAGAGGAGAACCAACCGGAGUCCGUCUCCCCCAAGUCAAUGAGUAUUGUGGCAGAGCAGCCCCCGCGGUGGAGUCGGCCAGGGCAGCACUUUCCUAAAAUAUGACCAGGGGUGCUUGGAUGCGUCGGCAGCAUGAUGAGGGCUUAAAAUACUGGUUUGCACCCCGAGAGAACGAGAAGCCAUUUACCGAGUCGGAGCGGGCCCAGAGAUGGCGACUGUCGCUGGCCUCUCUGCUCUUCAUCACCGUCCUGCUCUCUGAUCACUUGUGGUUCUGUGCCGAGGCGAAACUCACGCGAACCCGAGACAAGCGGUCGGAAGAGGGGCUUGCAAUUACGGACAUGGGCGAGUACCCAAACUCCCUCCACCGACACCAUAUCCCAACAUCACCUGACCCCGACCGUCUCGCCAGAGAGCAAGAUGUUAUUUUUCUAGGGAAUUCUACCAAACCUCUGUGGCGAAUGGACACCUGUCAUCCAGACAGCUGGUCCAAAGAGUGCUUUACUUUCACGGACGCGGAGACCGUGUGCCUGGGCCUCUCCGUUGGAGGGGAAAAGGGGACACAGUUUUCGAAUGUGAAUCUGAGCGAUUUGUACCUUUCUUUUUGUAAUUCCUACUCACUUUUGGAUUUGUUUCACGGGUUUACGAGUCCGGACGAUUUGAAUUGCUCCUUGGAUAUGGGGCAGGAUGUGCUGGGAUGCAGCAAGUGUGUCCGGGCUUAUCAGCUUCUUGACCAGCAAGCAGAGGAGAACUACCGGGAGUUUGAGCUGCUGGUUGAGAAAUACGAGACGGAUGCAUACUCUGUCAGGACGUGCAUGGAGGAAUGCAAGGUCAAAAAGCCAGGGAUGCUGCAGUAUCACCACAAGAGCACUAUAACAGGUCAAGGGAUGCACCUAGGCAAGCAGGACAUCUUCCAUUUAAAACUGCCCUCAUAA